AUGUGCGUGGGGAAGUGCAGCCGGAUCGUGGGUCCCUGCCUGCUGGUGCUGGGCACGCUCUCCGUGGCAGCCAGCAUCCUCCUGCUGUUCCCCGGCGGAGCAUCCAAGUACCUGCGGGAGGGGCACAUCGGCAGCCACGCCCGCGCCGUGCCGGGGCUCUGGGGCGGCGGCAUCGCCGUGCUGCUGGCAGCGACUCACGUCACGGCGCUGGGCUGGCGGCGCUCCGGCUGCUCCGCCCGCCACAGCGCGUUCCUGUCCGUGGUGCUGUCCAAGCUGGCUCUCCUGGGCGCUGCCGCCUGCUUCGUGCUCUGCGGGGUGGGGCUGACGAACGGGCCGCUCUGCCUCCACAACAGCACCGCGCUCGGCCCCGGGCACUCGGCCCGCUGGGGGUACCCCUUCCUGGAUGCCACUGACCUGGGGCCUGAUGCCAGGACUGAGAACUACCUGUACAACCGGAGAAGCUGGAGCGUCUGCCUGGAGCCCCAGGGCAUCGUCACCUGGCACGUGGUCCUGUUCUCCCUCCUGCUGCUCAUCAGCGUGGCCGAGAUGGUGCUGGCCUUGCUGCAGAUCCUCAACGGCUGCCUGGGCUGCCUCUGCGGCUUCUGCGACGGCAAGUAGGGCCCGGUGGCAGUGCCAGGAGGAGGUGUCACCUCGGCUGUCACUUGGCUGCCGGCACACGCCGCAGAGAGGGCACAGCAGGAGCCGUGACCCCAGCCCGGUGCAAGAGCCCUGUGUGAGACUGACAGAGCCCCCUGGGAUGGACACCCAGGGGCUGACGAGCCAAGGGCUGCUCCUGUGCAGCUCCCCUGGCUGGGCCAGGUCCCUUCCCUUGGGGCUGGCGGCCGUUUGGGGUUGGGAAAUGGCCCGGUAAGGGAUGGAGGUGAGGACCUGGCUUC